AUGGAAAAAAUAAAGGAUUUAAUUAAAAUAGUUGGUGAUGAGAAUAAAAGGUAUAUCUACGAUUUGAUUGAGACAGACCAAAUGGAGUUAUUAAACCAUGAAGGACUAAAUGAGAUCACUAUCUUCGACAUUAUCAAACAAAUAAAAGAAUUUGAAGUUGUUUAUCCAGAUGGGCUAGUUAAGUAUGUGGAAAGAGCCAAAACCCUUUUAAAAAAAUCAGAAAGAGCAACUAAUAAAUAUGCAAAUUGUAUGAUAGAACAACCAGAUAAUUUAACAAAAAUAAAGUUUCAUUGGAAAAAUUCCUGUCCUCAAUUUAAUGAAUGUAGUGAUACAGACAACAAAUUAUACAUGCACAGUUUAUAUGUAGAAACGAAUAAAAAUGGAGUUAAUACUUCUUCAUCCAUAUCAAAUAACACUAAUGAAGAUAGUUUCGAUGAGGGGACAGUAUUAGCGUGUAAUUCAUUUUCUUUGACUGAGGAUGGAAGCACGCCGGUAACUAAUACCUCGACUGAUGAAAUUGUCCAAACGGAUCAGUACAGUAAAAAUGGUGUUAUCUUACCUAGUGAGAUGAGAAGUAUGAAUAAGGAGGAGGAAGAUGAAAGGGUUGCUGCAAUAUCUGCCGUUUCUUCCGCUUCAUAUGCUUCACCCUCUUCUGGAGUGCUCCCUCCAAACAUUUCAGUUAUUGAAGAAUAUAUAUAUUAUGAAAAUAUAGGACUACAGGAAAUAGACCGAGUGUGCUUCAUUUUGUUAGCGGGAGGUUUAGGCGAAAGACUAAACCACAAGGAUAUAAAAUUAAAGUUGAUAACUGAUGUAGUAUCUGAAAAAACUUAUAUUGAAUACUAUUGUAAUUAUUUGAAAGCAUUUCAAGAUUUUAUUAAAAAAAAUAAAAAUAAAGAAAUAGAUAUACCAUUUAUUAUCAUGCUAUCUGAUGAUACAUAUGAGAAGACUAUUGAUUUUUUUCAAUGUAACAAAUAUUUUUUUUUAAAAAAAAGUCAAAUUUAUUUUUUAAAACAAAAAAAAGUAUUCUGUUUUAAAGAUAACGAAGCACAUUUAGAUUUCAUUUAUAAAAAUAAUACAUUUUAUUUUUCUAAAAAACCACAUGGCCACGGGGAUAUUCACUCUUUGAUUAGUAAGCAUAUUGAAAUCGAUGAUUUAGUUAGAAAGGGGUAUAAAUAUUUAUACUUUUUUCAAGAUACGAAUGCUUUAGCUAUUAAAGUUUUAUUUGUUUGUUUAGGGGUUACAAUAAAGAAAGAGUUACACAUGAACUUUUUAGCUAUUUCAAGAAAACCUGGGGAAGAAAUUGGAGCUAUAUGUAAAUGCACAAAUACAGAUACAUGUAUGAAUGUGGUCAACAUAGAAUACAAUCUCUUAGGAUCAAUCAUAGAGCAAACAAACAAUAAGGAACUGGUUGACACAGAAGGUUAUUCUUUAUACCCAGGUAAUACUGGUGCCAUCUUAUUUGAAAUAACAAAAUAUAAUGAAAUAUUAAAAAAAACGAACGGGAUAGUACCCGAAUAUAUGAACCCGAAAUAUACAGACAAUACGCGCCAGUACUUUAUGCACCCCACGAGGGUCGAAAGUAUGAUGCAAGAUUUUGCCUAUUUAUAUUUCUCGCACGAAAAGGGAACGGAAUGGAAUGCAGAAGGACCAGAGAGCAAGGGGAAAAAAAAAAAAAUAAUAAAUAAAAAUAAAAGCAGUCCUGACAGACAAAAUGGCGACAGCAACGGUAACUGCUGCUGUAAUGCUAACUACAGAUAUAGCAGAGUUGGUGUUACCCAGUUGGACAGGGCUUUGUGCUUUUCUGCAGUGAAAAAUAAUUCCUUCAAUGCGCAAAGAAAAACUCAAAAUAAUAACGUACAUCCUGAAUGCAUAUAUAGCGCAGAAGCAGAUCUAUAUUAUAGCAACUGUGCAUUCAUAGAAUUGGCUUGUACGUACAACAGGAAAAACUUUAAUAUGGGUAAAAUGGAUAACAAAACAUUUAAUGGGGUACGAUAUUGUAUGCCUCCUAAAGUUUUAAUAGAGCCACAAUUUGCCUUCACCUUAACUCAUUUAAUAAACAAAAUAAAAGGAAAUAUAAUGAUAAGCAAUAAUUCUACCCUUUGGAUUAAGUCAGAUACUAUUAUUACGAAUCUUUAUUUAGAUGGAACCUUGGUUAUUGAGCGUUUGAAUGCGGAAGAUUCUACUACUACUCCUUUUAUACUAGAUCAAAGUUUGUACAUAAAAAAUAGAGGAUAUGAACUUGUCCCUCUUCAUCACAAGUCAAAUGAUCAUCCAGACAACUUAAAAAUGAGGGGGUACAAAUUGGUAAAAAGGGAAGCACUCAUAAUAAGCGGCUAA